UGAUCCUGUCCAGCAGAAAUAAAAAUCAGCCACUGCUUACGGAUGUCUUCAUUCUUCAGGAAAUAGUGUAAUGUUAAAUUAUCACUAUGGCAUCCAGUCACAACACGGUGUGUUUUUUCUGGCAUUAUGUUCACAAGAAGCUGAAUCUAUUUCACCAGAGAAAGCAUCCGAUCGAGACAAACAGCUCUCCUCUUGUCACGACUUCCGCCGAAGUCGGUCCCUCUCCUUGUUCGGGCGGCGGAAGACGGCACCGGCCUUCUGGCCAUCGCCAAUCUACUUUUCAUUUUGCAUUUGAUUUGUCUUUGUCUUACACACCUGGUUUCAAUCCCCCAAUUACUUGUUCAUUAUUUAACCCUCUGUUCCCCCAUGUUUGUUUGUGAGUAAUGUUUAUUGUAUUGCGGUCCGUUUUUGUGGCCUUGUAUUUAUUACAUUGUGUAUUGUGAUAUAUUUGAGUAAAAAGGCUUUCAUUACUCACAUCUGCUGUCCUGCGCCUGACUCAUCUCACCAUCUACACACAGACGAUUUACAGAAUGACUCACCUGCUAAUGGAGUCAGCAGGAGCAGACGCCCUCCCUGUGGCGGUAGAGGAGCGCGUCCAGAAGCACGCCACCAUGUUGCAACGUCUGGGCACCGCCAUGGAUCGCAUGCUGCAGACGAUGGAUCAUUGGGAGAGAGGAGGAGGUCAUCCAGCGCCUCAACCAGCCCCACUACAGUAGGCCCCACUGUCCACCCCUCCUUCACCUGGUCGCAGCGGGAUUCGACACGCGCUCCUGAGGGAGUAUGAUGGGACGGCUGCCGUAUGCCAGGGGAUCCUACUACAGCUGGAGCUCUACCUGGCAACCAUCCACCCGGCUCCUUCGGGACAUGAGAGCGUGUCCGCCCUCGUCACUCAGGCAAAGCCCUGGAGUAGUCCAACGCCGUAUGGAGUGAAGGAGAUACGGCGUUGGACCGUUACAUAGAGUUCACCCGUCGCAUUUGGGAAGUUUUCAACCACACGUCUGAGGGUCGAGCGGCGGGUGAACGUCUGUUCCACCUAAGGCAGGGGAUGAGGAGCGAGCAGGAUUUUGCUUUGGACUUCCCGACCGUGGCCGCCAGCGUGGGAUGGAACGACAGGGCCCUGAUCGAUCACUACUGGUGCAGUCUGCGUGAGGAUGUUGUUCGGGAGUUGGCCUCCCGAGACACCACCCUCACAUUGGACCAGCUGGUGGAUCUGUCCAUCCGGCUGGACAACCUGCUGACUGCCCGUGGACUUUCAGAUCGGGACGUGUCAGGUCCAUCCCCAGCACUUCUGCUCCGACGCCCAUGGAGCUGGGAGGUGCAGCACUUAGGGCGACCGGAGGAGGGGCCAUUCCCUAAACCAUCUGUGGCCGCAGAGGGCACACUGCUGGUCGGUGCUGGGGAGGUUCCUCAGGGAGUCGAGGCAGCAGGCAAGGCACUAUCGUGUCACCCCAGGCCGGUGGUGGCUGGUCCACUCCAGGAGUCUGAGGUGCGGGAGGUUCCUCCGCCCACUCUGGACAUCGAGGGGGCCCCGGCGUAUGCUGUUCAAGGCAUCCUGGACUUGAGCCAUCAGGCAAGGGGCCUUCAGUACCUCGUGGAGUGGGAGAGGUACGGUCCGGAGGAGAGAUGCUGGGUGCCGGUGGAGGACGUCUUGGACCCUUCGUUCCUGCGGGAGUUCCACCGUCUCCAUUCGGAUCGCCCUGCGCCUCGUCCUCCGGGUUGUCCCCGAGGUCGGUGUCGGCGCGCUGCUGGGGGGGGUACUGUCACGUCGGGCGGCAUUUGGAGGUCGCCGUCACCGGCCUUCUAG